AUGCAGGCGAGUCCGCAGGCGUGCUUCGCGCAGACACACCUUACGCCACCUCGUGAGGUGCCGGAGACUCAACAGCCGAUUUCAGAUGGGCAACAGCGAAUGCUGCUGAAGACUCUGGGGGAGUGGAGGAAUUCUGUGAAGGAAGAAAGUUGGGGGCGCAUCGAAUAUUGCCAGCAAAAGGUAACGGUUUCGACUCGAGAAGGGUUUGGCAGCACAGAGGAGCACCGUGAUCAUGUCUCCACAUGCUCCUCAGUUGCAGGCGUUCACGAAGGGCAACCCGUAAGGCAGGCAAAGCAAAGAGCGAAAGAAGGAAGGAAGAGAGAAGAGGAUGCACAGGGCCUACGACGUGGACAACAAGAGGCUAUAGUAUCUGGUCGAGACGCUCUAACAAUUCGAGCAAGCGAGGAUAUUGUUAAAGCUUUUGUCGCGCUGAGCAACGCAGAGAGGGUCUCUCCAGCUGCGAGCAGAAUGAAAGAGCAACAGGAAGGAAGACUGGAUCACCAGGAUGAACAGCGGUUCUACUCUAUUCCAGAUCGUGGGGCCUCGGCAAAUGCCAUGCGAAUUGAUAAGAUCGGGAAGAAGAGAAAAGGUAAGAGCUAA